AUCAUGAUAAGCUUGACGAGAUGUGACACGAGACUCCCCGCUCUCUCAAUAAAUCAAUAUCUAAACUGUUCGGAUACCAGCUAAACUGAUGAUUCUGUUAUCUUGUUAACACCUCCUGCUCUAAGGUCUAGACAACCUUGACAAUGGACGCGUUGGGCAGGGACUACCACUGCUGCGUUAUUAGCGUGCAAGGCAUGACGUGCAACUCCUGCGUGAGGAACAUUGAGCAGCAGAUCGGGGGCGCGGACGGAGUGCAACACAUCAAGGUGUCUCUGGAUGAAAAGAGAGCUGUUGUGACCUUUGACCCUACAAGGACUGACCAAUCACAAUUGAGGGAUCGAAUAGAUGACAUGGGUUUCGAAGCGGCCGUGGGAGAGGACCCCCUGCAGACUGUAGUCAAGGAAACAGUCGUUUGUAUCAAAGGCAUGACGUGUAAUUCAUGUGUGAAGUCCAUCGAAGGAAAAAUUGGAAGUACCAGGGGAGUUUGCGGAAUACGGGUUUCCCUUGAGGAAAAGCAGGGGCGGAUUUGGCACCAACCCUCGGUCGUCACGCCAGAGCAGCUGCGCAGCGAAAUUGAAGACAUGGGGUUCGAGGCCACGCUGGAUGGUGGUCGCGAGUCGCAAGAGUCGCGAGAAGUCGUCAUCGGUAUCGAGGGGAUGACCUGUAAUUCCUGCGUGCGGUCCAUCGAGGGACGCAUAUCCGACGUGGACGGGGUGGAGAGGAUCCAAGUCUCGCUGCAGGACAAAGUCGGUCGGAUUCGAUACGCACCCACGCGCAUCUCGCCAGAGGCGCUGCGGGAAGCCAUCGACGACAUGGGAUUCGAAACCACUCUGAAAGACCCAGCAUCCCCGCCAGUCGGCUCCCGCGCGUCCGUAACCAUCCAUGUUGAAGGGAUGACGUGCAUUUCCUGCGUGCGCUCCAUCGAGGGCAGGCUCUCUGCAUUCGACGGGGUUCACAAAAUUAACGUCUCAUUGGAAAAGAAGGAAGCCAGGAUCGAGUUUGACCCCAAAAGGACCACAGCUGAAAAGCUUCGGGAGGGAAUCGAGGACAUGGGAUUCGACGCCACCCUGCCGACGAACUUUGUCCUGAUUGACUUGAACUCCGUCUCCCCUCCCACACAAACUGUCACGUUGGCAGUGAAGGGAAUGACGUGUAAUUCUUGCGUGCGGAGCAUAGAGGGGAACAUCUCAACGCAGCGCGGCGUACACGAGAUCACGGUAUCCCUUCAGGAGGAAACCGCUACCGUCAAAUACAAUCCGUCCGAAACUAAUCCCGAGAGGCUCAGGGAAGCGAUUGACGAUAUUGGAUUUGAGUGUUACAUCCCACAAGACAAGCCUGACACAAGAAGGGCCGUCAUCAACAUCCAGGGCAUGACAUGCAACUCCUGCGUGAGGUCCAUCGAGGGGAAAAUCGGGGAGAAGAUCGGGGUGAGAUCCAUCAAGGUGUCCCUGGCUGAGAGCAGCGGCACGGUGGAGUAUGAUCCCACCGAGGUGACGGCUGGUGAGCUGGUGGAGGCUAUUGAUGACAUGGGCUUCGAGGCCUCAUUGAAAGAGACAAGCCCCAACUCAGAUGGUCCUUCCCCACCAGACAGACCCAAGUCUCUGGAGGGGGCCCACGUGUCCUUCAAGCCCCCGCCAGACCGGGCGGAGGAGAUUGCGUUGGUGGACUUGGUGGACGGGGAGGUGGGUAAAUGCUACCUGCAUGUGACGGGCAUGACCUGCAGCUCCUGUGUGGCGCUGAUAGAGAACAAACUGGGCAAGCAGAAAGGCAUCAAAUCGGUCAUGGUGGCCCUGAUGGCUCAGAAGGCUGAGGUGACCUUUGACACUUGCCACCUGACCCCCAGUGAGGUCGCCGCCAUGGUGACAGACAUCGGCUUUGAGGCCACGGUGAUGGAAGACGAGGAGCGUAGGGGCCGGGAAGGGCUGCUGGAACUGCAUAUUACCGGCAUGACCUGUGCCUCCUGCGUAGCUCUGAUAGAGUCUGCGCUCAUUAAAAAGCCGGGAGUCAAGUCGGCGUCCGUGGCCCUUGCAACAUCUAGAGGGCGCUUUGAGUUUGAGCCCUCUGUGACGGGACCAAGGGACAUUAUCAAGGCUGUCGAAGACACGGGAUUUGGGGCAAGUCUAAUCACUGGUAGCAACAAAGAUAAGACUGCCGCUUUAGACCACUCAGAUACUAUACGAAGGUGGCGUCGUUCCUUCCUCUUCUCUCUGGUCUUCGGCCUGCCAGUCUUCGGCAUGAUGUUGUAUGAUGUCAUAGCUCAUCCCCUCCACCCCUGUAUCUUCCCUGGUCUUUCCAUUCACAAUCUACUGCUCUUCUGCUUCUGUACGCCAAUACAGGUUUUAGGUGGACGUUACUUCUACGUCCAGGCCUACAAGGCCCUGAAGCAUGGCGCGGCCAACAUGGACGUCCUGAUCGUCCUAGCGACCACCAUAUCCUACCUGUACUCUGUCAUCGUUCUCUUGAUCGCCAUCUUGUCGGGAGCCAUGACUAGCCCCAGGACGUUCUUUGACGCCCCACCCAUGCUGUAUAUAUUCGUGACGCUGGGACGGUGGAUGGAGCACAAGGCUAAGGGCAAGACUUCAGAAGCCCUGACCAAGCUGAUGUCCCUCCAAGCCACCGAGGCCCGCCUAGUCACUCAGGACGAGCUGGGUCAGCCAGACGCAACCGAGAAACUGAUCGACGUGGACCUCUUACAGCGCAACGAUCGCGUCAAGGUCCUACCGGGAGAGAAGAUCCCGGUGGACGGGGUGGUGGUGGAGGGGUCAUCCAUGGUGGACGAGUCGUUGAUUACGGGAGAGUCUAUGCCCGUCACAAAGAAAACAGGGAGCACUGUGAUUGGAGGCACCAUUAACCAGAAUGGUGUGCUGCUGGUUAGGGCCACCCAUGUUGGUGCAGAUAGUGCACUGUCACACAUUGUCAAACUGGUCGAAGAAGCCCAGACAUCAAAGGCUCCUAUCCAGAAGCUAGCGGACCGUAUCGCUGGCUACUUCGUGCCCGGGAUCGUCGUUAUCACCCUGAUUACACUGACCGCGCAUGUCAUCAAGGGAUACACGGAUCCUGACAUGGUGCAUCCAACAUUCCUCUUGAACACCAACCACAAUAUGAGCAGCAAUCAGAUGGUGUGGCAGUACUCCUUCCAGUGUGCCAUCUCGGUCCUGUCCAUCGCCUGCCCCUGUGCCCUGGGUCUCGCCACCCCUACUGCCGUCAUGGUGGGCACCGGGGUGGGGGCAAUCAAUGGCAUACUCAUCAAGGGAGGGGGACCCUUGGAGAUCGCGCACAAGAUAAAGACAGUGAUAUUUGACAAGACGGGGACUAUCACCCAGGGUGCCCCUAGAGUUGUACGAGUCCUCCUAUUUCUCCCGGAUUCGGUCUUCCCUCAGCAGAAGUUGGUAGCCCUGGCCGGCUCAGCCGAGGCCAACAGCGAGCAUCCCAUCGGGGCAGCUAUUACCAAGUUCGCGAAAGAGCUUUUUGGCAGGGACACGCUGGCCAAGUGCACGGACUUCAACACCGUUUCCGGUUGCGGGCUGAAGUGCAGCGUCAGUGCCAUGGAAACGGAACGUCUGCUUGUGAACCAGGGCACGGGGGCCACCGACAUCACCUCCCAGGUGGAGAAUGGUCAAGUCACCGUGGAGAUUGACCAGCAGAUCGUGGACGUUUUCGACAGUUGCCCGCCGAUCAUAACGCCCAGUGAAAAGGAGCAAGUGCCGUCCAGCCUGAAACAGCCCGACGACGGUCUGUACAAGGUCCUGAUCGGCAACCGGGAAUGGAUGAAGAGGAACUUCUGUCGGGUUACCACGGAGAUUGACCUGGAGAUGAGGGACCACGAGGAGCGAGGUCAAACUGCCGUGCUUGUCGCCAUCAACGAUGUGAUAGUGGGUAUGAUUGUAGUUGCCGAUGCGGUGAAGCCUGAGGCCGCCUUAGCAGUUUACAUCCUCAAGAAGAUGAAACUCAACACAGUACUGCUGACGGGGGAUAAUCACAAGACCGCCCAGGCUAUCGCCGGACAAGUCGGUAUUGGCCAGGUGUUCGCCGAAGUGCUCCCGCAACACAAGGUGGACAAGGUCCGCGAACUGCAGCAGAAGAAGCAGAUCGUGGCCAUGGUGGGUGACGGCAUCAACGACUCGCCGGCGCUAGCCCAGGCCGACAUCGGCAUGGCUAUAGGGACAGGAACAGACGUGGCCAUAGAGGCUGCUAAUAUAGUACUAAUCAAGGAUAAUUUAUUAGACGUACCCACCGCCAUCCAUCUGUCGCACAAGACAGUCCAGAGGAUCAGGCUAAAUCUUGUCUUUGCUUUCUUCUACAACAUUAUUGCGAUACCCAUCGCAGCAGGUGCUUUCAUGAGCUGGGGCCUAGCCUUACCACCGUGGAUGGCUGCAGCUGCGAUGGCUACAUCCAGUGUCUCCGUUGUCAGCUCCUCCCUUUUACUGAAACUAUACCGUAAACCGAACUAUGAUAAGAUGGCCAAGAAAGACCUACCCAGCUUUGGUAAAAGACGAACGACGAAGCGAGACUUGGAGAUGGAGGAUCUGGCCCUGCCUCACGGCAAGACUCAACGACGGUUUGUCAAGCCGGCAUUUAAAAAUCAAGACCGAGAGAUCAAAGUUCAUCUCCUGAGCGAGGAUGAAGAGGAAGAAUGAAUUACCUUUAAAAAAAACUGGAGCUGCCAAGCUUUAAAUAUUGCCUAGAAAAUUUUAUUUGAAUGUUGGUUGGCAUUUGGCUCAGACUAGGAGAUCAAACUAUCUCUCUUAAGUGAGAAUGAGGUAAUGUAAAACUGCUUGCUAUCAUAAAACCAAAUUGUGGAGUAAUAAUAAUAAUAAUACCAGAGUCUUAUAUAGCGCACAUAUCUACCAACAAUUAGGUACUCAAGGCGC